UCACUGUUUCUGAUUAAUCUGAUUUUUGUCCGGCAGAAACACAGUUUUGUAGAAGACUGUGGACAGAAAUAAAAUUUUCCCGGAAGUUUCAAACAAAAAUUGAACAACCUUAUUCUUCUGAAAAAUCUCGCUACUCAAUCCUCAUCUGCGAAGAAAAUGUCAACUGACAGCGAGAAGCAAAAAGAUGAAAUUGUUGCCCUAGAAAGCAUCUACAACAAGGAAGAAUUUUCAUAUCACAAGGAAAACGAACAAUAUGAAUGCACCUUAAAAGCUUACGUAACUAUUCCUCCAGAGUACUCCUUCACUUACAAAGACAGCAGAUGCCCUGAAGAACCUAUACAAAGCGUACCGAUAUCUCAUUUACCGCCACUGUCGUUAUUUAUCACGUUGCCAUCUAAUUAUCCUUCGGAAUCUCCGCCGAAAUUCACCCUCGUCUCGUCAUGGUUAAGUCAAUACGUUAUCGCUAAAUUGUGUAAAAAAUUGGAUCAGUUGUGGGAAGAAAACAAAGGGCUUGAAAUUCUCUUUACAUGGAUGGCAUUCUUGAAGGAUGAAACACUGGGAUUUCUAAAUAUAGAAACAAGCCUAGCGAUCAAUUAUGGUUAUACUUGUUAUAAAAUGGCCCUAGAAAAGACUCAGAAUGCGCAAGAUACGAACAAAUUCAAAGAUGGUAAUGAAGAGAUCAAGACAGAUUCGAACAGCAAGGAAGUCAAAUGUAACAAAAGCCUAACUAAACAAAGGGUUAGAAAAACAACCGACGAAAAACAUUCUGCAAGAAAACGUGGGAGGAAACAGAAGACUAGAAAGUUCACCGAUCAACGAGCUGUUUCAGACCAGUCAAUCGGUAGAAAUCCAGUGCAAAUGUUAAUCGAUUAUGACUCAAAACGCAAGCAAACUGAAUUCAAGAGAAACUUUUAUACAUGUAAAAUUUGCUUCUUAGAUAAAUUGGGGAUACAUUGUACGCAAUUUGUCCCCUGCUUUCAUGUCUUUUGUAAAGAAUGUAUCCUUACCUACCUGGAAAUUAGAAUUCAGGAUGGAAAUGUCAAGAAUAUUUGUUGUCCAGAAGAGAAAUGUUUGUCCGAGGCAACUCCUGGUCAAGUCAAGGAUUUAGUCAGUCAAGAAUUAUUUGCAAAAUACGAUGCCACUCUGCUAAGCGUGACAUUAGACACAAUGACCGAUAUUGUUUAUUGUCCACGCCCUCACUGUCAAUAUCCUGUUAGUCGCGAGCCAAAUGACAGAAUGGCAAACUGUCCUGCUUGUCAGUAUGCUUUUUGUAUUUACUGCAAAAUGGUUUACCAUGGAAUCGAACCAUGUAAAUUCAAAUCAGCUGAAAAACAAAAACUCGUAACAGAGUAUCAAAACGCACCUGAUGAUAAGAAGAUCCAACUUGAACAACGUUAUGGGAAGAAACAAUUACAAACAUUGGUUGAGAACACCAUGUCAGAAACUUGGAUAAACACAUAUAGUCGGAAUUGUCCGCACUGCAAUGCUGCAAUUGAGAAAUCUGAUGGUUGCAACAAGAUGGUAUGCUGGAGGUGCAAUACAUAUUUUUGUUGGCUGUGUGGAACGCGUUUGAGAGCAGACACACCUUAUGUACAUUUCCGCAAUCCACAGUCCAAAUGCUACAACAUGCUUUUUCACGGUGUUGUUCAAGAAGAAGAUGACGACGAAGAUGAUAUAGACUUACCUGCGUUGUAUCUAGACGUUGAUUCAAAUGAUGAGGAUUCUGAUGAUGAUGCAUUCAUGGUUGGACCCGAUUGGUAACUGCGAAGGCCAAAUUACUUUUGCCGUAAAGUUAAUUUUUUGGUUCAUUAUUUUUUUUAAAACAAAUAAAAAACCAGCAUAGCAAAAUAGCUCACACAAUCAAAAAUUUUUCCAAAAUUUCCAAAGUGCGGUUUUUCAAUUACAUCACACCAUACUUUCAUGGCUACUUAUAUCCGUGGAAAAUAUAAUUUAUCCAUGCAGGCAUGUAUAACUGCUUCGAAAUAUUGUUCUUGGUUUUUUUUUUUCUAUUUUCAUUGCUGGCCAAUGCUAGAUUGAAGAUUUCAAGUACCAACUCAGGGUCUGAGUCACUGCGUUCAUUUUCAUCACAAGUUACAUAUUUUGCGGGUUUCCUUUAUCUGGAUGGGCUUUUCACUUCUUCAUCUUCAUAUUCAUUUUCGUAGUUGUUUGAUGAGUAAACUACAUUAACUGGAUUUGGGGCAACAUUUUCAAUACUUACACCCUAAAUGUGUCGAUUUCCAAUAUUCACAUUAAUAUCAUUCUGAUUAGAGAUUAAUUCAUGUUAGACCAUUUACGAAACUUUGAGAGGUAUCAGUGCAUUUUGUAAAUUCCA